AUGCAGCCGCACGAAGCGUCGCCGUGGACGGCGAGCUAUGGGCUGAACACGGGCACCUACCCACUACCUGAAUCUUUAAAGCCUGUGACACAGGAGCAGUCGGGCGGGCCCCUACCUGAUAUCCUGGACCGUCCGCGUGACAGGACACGCUCCAGCGAAGUGAAUGUAAGUUCGCUGCAGUUCUUGUUUGCGCAGAUGGUGACGUAUGCACAAGAGCGUGUGAAUGGUAUUUCCGAGUUUGAACGGCUGCUAGCAUCGAUGGGCGUGCAUGUUGGCUACCGCAUGGUGGUGCUCUGGUCGCACCGUAUCCAGACCAGCCAAAACCCCAAGAAGCCAAAGCGCGAGACGCGGCUUUUGCCGACGCUGCUUUGGAUUCACAGCACAUUGUGGAAGUCACUGUUUGGAAUGCAAGCGGAUAGCCUGGAACGCAGUGCAGAGCAGGGACGAGGUGAUGAGUACAUGAUAUCCUCCAACAACCCUCUCUUCUCGCGCGCGAUUAGCAUUCCCAAAGAGAUGGAUCAAUUGAGUGUAGAGGCAUUUGUCGCUGGGAUUGUGGAAGGUGCUUUGGAUGGACUUGGGUUUCCCGCGCGCGUGACAGCACACUCGGUGCCCACCGAACAGUUUCCGAACCGCACCACGAUCUUGAUCAAGCUCGACCCAAGCGUCAUGGAGCGCGAGACAACGAUGGGUGGGCCGUAG